ACAACAUUCGACGGCCUGGCAACCUUGCUCGCCUGCCAAGCAAAAAAUUAAGAAUCAUUGGGUUUACUUAAAUUAAUUUAUCAAUUAACUGCCGCCUACUGAGUGACUUGACUUAUUGGUCUACUAGUUCCAAGGAGAAUGCCCCGGAACACGGAGGCGGGCGCCGGAAGUGCGGGAACUCUCGGUUCCGGCGGUGUAGGUGGUGCUCCCGAGCCCAGUUCUCCGGUUCAGAAGGUUUGGAAGCCAGAAUUGUACAAACUCCAGUUGGAGGCACCGGCUCCGUGUCCGCUGCGCUGCCAGCGUACCUUGCCUCUGCCGCCGGCAAAGAGUACGGCGGAGGCUGUGGAGGCCAACAACUUGGCUGGACGGCUGUACGGCUCUGAGUACCACGGACUUAUGGGGCACUUGGAGGCGGAGCAGCUGCUGGCCAACGCCCGCGACGGCAGCUACUUCGUCCGCCGGAGCCCCCAGUCUGACGGCUACUACACGCUGAGUCUCCGCUUCAACAAGCGCCCCAAGCACUACAAGCUGCUCCACAAACCCGGCGUAGGUCACUACCUGCGCGGCCAGGACAAGCGAUUCGAUACAGUUCACGACAUGGUCGCCGACGGGCUGAUCAACUUCCACAUGCAGCUCCACGCCAGCCCCAUCAUCCAGCAAAUAAACCAGCAAACCAAGAACUGCUACCAGCAGAGCCCCUACAUGACGUUAAACGGACGGAAGCUGAGGGCCCUCUCCAAUGAGCUGGGCAAGGCCUCGGCAGCCAAGGAGUCCCCGCCAGUCGAGGAAAAGGAGCAAAAGCAGUUGGAGCCGCCACCUGCCGCGGAUCCGAUGCCGCUGGUGUACGAGAAACCGCAUCAUUUUAAGGUACACACCUUCAAGGGCCUCAACUGGUGCGAGUUCUGUGCCAACUUCCUGUGGGGAUUCACCGCACAGGGCGUCAAGUGCGAAGCCUGCGGCUUUGUGGCGCACAGCAAGUGCUCCGAGCUGGUGCCGCCUAAGUGUGUGCCGGACCUAAAGCGCAUACGUGGCGUAUUCGGCACUGACUUGACCACCAUGGUGCAGCUGGAGCCGCACCACCAGAUACCCUUCGUGGUGCGGCGCUGCGUGGAAGAGGUGGAGGCCAGGGGCAUGCUGCAGGAGGGGAUAUACCGGGUGUCCGGGUUCGCCGAUGAGAUCGAGGCCCUUAAGCUGGCCUUGGAUCGGGAGGGCGAGACGACGGACAUGUCGGAGACGGCCUACGGAAAUGUGAAUGUGAUUGCCGGGACCCUAAAGCUGUACCUACGCCUGCUCCCAGUGCCGCUCAUCACGUUCCAGGCCUACCCCAGCUUCAUGGCAGCAGGACGCACCAACAAGCAGACGGAGCAGCGGCAGCUCAUGGCGGAGGCAGUGCGUCGCCUGCCGCCCGCCCACCACAGCUGCCUGCAGUAUAUGCUGGAGCACCUGAAGCGCGUGGCCUCCCAUUACGCCGUGAACAAGAUGAACGAGCACAAUUUGGCCACCGUGUUUGCGCCCACGCUGAUUGCCACCCCUCAGCACAUGACAAACCUUACGGAGGAGAUUUUCAUGCUCUCCUCGCUCAUCACCCACUGCAAGACUAUAUUUGCGGGGUCCUAAACAGCCUUAAAGCGAGCCCAAUGCCUCCCAACGCCAAAAUCUUAAGCUGCAGUCCGAGGCGCGCAGCCGCACGGAUAGCCCUUCAUUUUCAAACGCAUCCCAGAGUGUGCCCUCUACCAAGCACGCAUCAGUACUCGUGACUCGAGAGUUCCACCAAAAAUUUA